GUUAGUUUAAUGCUCCCUUGAUAGAGGCAUUAGCAUUUUUUAUGUGUGCCUCAUCAAUCAGUGCUCAACUGGGGUGGUAUAGUAUAUAUCAAGAACCAUGGUUAAACAGCUGUUGCGUCCUAGCUAUAUCUUGUUCGUCGAGGACCAAACUUAGAAGCAACCAAGUGAGAGAUCCAACACCACCUAAACCACAAGCAUCAUUCCUACACUUAUUGUUCAGUACUCGAGCUCCUUCCACUUCUCCUUCAACUCUCCCAUCCUUCCCUCCACGAUUCUUCUAGCGGCGGCUCACUUUAGGCGGCAUCAAAAGACAACUCACAUAUCGAAUCCUCUCUGAUCUCUAGACCGCUGAUCAAAGAGCUAGCACAAAUGUGCGGAAAGAUGGAGCACAUCCACGUGGACCACAAGAGUUUACUCGGUGGGGAAUUCAAAGACGGCAUUUGUGCCUCAAUUCCCAAACCUCCUCCUUCUAGCACAUCAAGCAGGCCAAACAGCAUGGUUGUCAAGAAGGUGUGCCCGCGUGAGUUCAUCCCGCCGCACAUCAUCGCCGAGGCGAUCUCGACGCUGCACGGGCUGGACCUGCGGUGGUCGGGGCCCAUCACGCCCACCGAGCGCCAGUACGUGGAGCAGUACGUGCUGGCCAUGUACCCGCAGUACUCGCACGGCCUCAUCGAGGACGCCGCCUGCGACAAGGACGACGACCUCGACUCCGCCUACUACAGCGGCGGCGGCACGGCGUCGCCGGAGGCAGCCGGCGGCGAGCGGCGCCGGUCGUCGCCCGCCGGCUCGCCGUCGGCGGCGGCGGCGGUGAUCAGGCCCGACGCGGUGGACGCGGUCCGGCUGGAGCCGUCCCGGCUCCUGGACAUCCUGACGAAGAAGUCGUCCUUCCCCGGGAGCUUCAUCUCCAUCCCGGAGAUCCAGGCCCGGAACCGCGUGCUCCGCCACUGCGGCCUCACCGACGACGAGUACCUCGUGCUCUUCGCGCCAACACCGAGGGACGCCAUGAUGCUGGUGGGCGAGAGCUACCCGUUCUUCCGGAGCAGCUACUACAUGUCGAUCCUGGAGGAGGGCGGCGACUGCGUGCGCGCCUUCGCGGCGUACAAGGAAGCGAAGGUCAUCGCGGCGCCAGAGUCGUGGCUGGACCUCCGGAUCAAGGGCUCCCAGCUCAGCCAGUACUUCCGGCGCAAGUCCAAGCACGCGCCCAAGGGCCUCUUCGCCUACCCCGCCGUCUCCUCCUCCGCCUCCGGCAACGGCGGCGGCCAGCAGCAGCAGCCGGCGGCGCGGUACUCCCUGCACUGGGUCUCCGAGGCGCACCGCAACGCGUGGCACGUGCUCCUGGACGCCACCGCGCUCGCCGUCGGCGAGGACCGGCUCCCGCUCUCGCUGCACCGACCGGACUUCGUGCUGUGCACGCUCGCCGACACGGCCGUGCGCGCGCCGCAGCAGCCUGCGGCGUCGGCGGCGAGGGUCACCUGCCUGCUCGUCCGGCGGAGGUCCUUCGACACCUCGCCGCCGCAACAGCCGCAGAAGCAGUAGUUGCUGCGUAGUUUCUGUGUUACUGUUAGGAGAGAAAACUGCACGUAAGUGAUGACGUGAUGAUGUACGACCUGCUUCUUACGCUGCGUGUGAUCCCCGUGACCGGUGCAGAACAAAAAGGAGGGUGGCUAGCUGACUCCAUUGUCUGCUUUGAGAUAUGUGUGGGUCAUGUACUCAUGUGCUGGCGCUUUUUGACUGACGUGUGGGACUUGAAUCAAUCUGGUUUGAGUAGUAUAGUAAGGGUUAUAUACUUUACGAAUAUAGGGGCAACUGCCUACCUGCACUCUCAGCGCAUCGGAGGAUUAAGAUUGAGCCAUGUCUGCCGAUACGAUGGUUGAGAGUGUGCCACGUCAUAGGGUGGGCAGCCGGUCAUAUGCUCAUAAAAUCUACUUUUGUAAAGGUUAUUUAGUGAGAGGAUAGCGUCUGCAACAGUGGAGUGGAACCACUACCGUACCUAUAAGGUCACCUCACCUUUAAAAGUAUCAAACGCACUCGCUCGAUAUUAGAAUCCAUGCCAUAUUUUUCUUCCUUUAUGUACAAGGGGUAGAAUGGGUGAGAGGAGGGAGAUAAGCUAGCUCUUCGUAAAGAGAUUGUUUCAAACAGAGUUUGUUCAUUGCUCUUCUUGUAUUGGACGGUGGAACAUAUAUUUGUAUGCCGUUCUAGAACUAUUAGCCAUCUGA